AUGCAGACAGGAUUCACGAAAGCAGGGGCUUCACCUCAAUACGAUUACGGUCUGAGACGUGUUGCACUCAGAUCUUCGUGGUUUCCCAACACUAGAUCUGCUUUGGAAGAACUUCUUCAGAAACGGGGUGUAGUGGUCCGUUUCAUCAUUGGGCACACAAAAAUAGCAGCUGAUGAGAAAGCCUUAGCAGCUGAAGAACGGGAAUACGGAGGUUUUCUGCGCUUGCCGAUCCAGGAAGGGUACACAAGCCUGCCAAGCAAGACUGUAAGCUUCCUCAAAGCGGUCACGAGACUCUAUGCAGCGGAGUACAUUGUGAAGCAAAUUUGUGCAGACUACAUAGGCUGCAUGAAGAAUGGGGAUGUGUACUCCGAUCCAAGAAUGCGAUGGUUUGAGCGGCAAUGGCAGCUACUGGGGAAGACGUACUUUACACACGCAUGGGGCACGUUCUAUGUGCUCUCUAGCGCAAUUGCAACGCAAAUCUCAAGUUUGCCUGACGGGCUGCUCAGGUUCUUCGGCAAUGAAGAUGUCACAAUUGGCGUGUGGAUGCUCGCCUUCAAUGUAACCCAUUUUGACGAUCGGCGCCUUUGUGAGACCAGCUGCUCAGCAUCCAGCAUUGGCGUGUAUGACAUGCCUCAGUGCGCGGGCCUCUGUGACCCAUUGUCAUCGUUGCCAGCAUUGCACAGCAGCGCCGCAUGCAAAAAGAACGGUCAAGCUACCCUGCCGAUGCUACGACCAUAUUUUACCUUUGUUCCUUAG